UUGAAUAGCAAACGUCGGCUUAGUCUGCAAAUAAAGUUGGAGUGCUUGCUUGGGAAAAUGGGAACAUGGUGGAGAGUCAAGGCCGGGUCUUUCCAUGAUUUGUCGUCUUUAUACCUUAGCUACGGGGCUAGCACUCGUUUCUCUUCCUCAGUUUCUCUCUAAACUUUGGGCAGUUCUUGAAGGAUUUCUGUCUUUCUACUAGGGGAGAAAAAAUGGAUAGAGGAAAGAGGCCAAGUAAGAUUACUGGAAGCAUGAGCAAUAAGAUCUACAUGGACCUCAGAGAGAUAAUAAAAGAGCGUGCUCUUCCUUUUCUUCCUGCAAAGUCACUUUUCAGGUUCACAGGGGUUUGUAGGGACUGGAAGCUUCAGAUCUCAGCUCCCUUCUUCGCCCACACACAGACAAAUUCCUUCCAUGCUAUCUCAGGCAUCUUUUGUCAGUUUCCUAGGGAACUACCUUCUUUCAUCUCCCUUGAACAGAAGGCAUAUGGUGUGCCAGACCCAUCUUUGAAAUUUUUUCCUGAAGAAGUUGACGUCAGGACCUCAUCAAAUGGACUACUUUGCUGUCAAGGUCGCUCUGGGGACAAGGCAUACUACAUCUGUAAUCCCGUCACCAAGCAAUUGAAAAAACUCCCUCAGCCAAAUGCUAACCAUGGCCCUGACCCUGCCAUUGUUCUUAUCUUUGAACCAUCGCGACUGAACUUUGUGGCUGAUUACAAGCUGGUUUGUGCUUUCCCAUCUGCUGAUUUUGAUGAUGGAUAUGAGUUUGAGAUCUAUUCUUCUGAAAAAGGAUCUUGGGAAAAUUCUGGGGAGAUUUUCUUUGGAAAUAACAAGUUCCUGCCUGCAUCGGGUAUUCAUGUGAAUGAUGUUGUAUACUGGCAAGUAAAACAGACUGGUCUUGUUGCUUUUGAUGUUGUGAAAUGCCGGGCAAAACUCAUCCAAAGCUAUGCUGCGAAAGGGACCUUGGGUGUGAUGCAUAAGAAGCUUUGUGCGACUCACAUACAUGGGAAGACACUAACUGUGAGCUUGCUGUCUAAUAUUUACUCAAACACAAUGCAACUGCACAGCCAUGCCAGGGCAUGGGAGGAGAAAUGUCGAAUCCAGUUGGACGAUUCCUUGCCUUUGCACGACCAGCCUUGUGUGUUGCUCACGGCUGAUAAUCUGGUGGUGAUUCAGGCCAGGAAAACAAUCUUUUCCUUUGACACGAAAACCAGAGAAGGCACAAUAUUAUGCAACACGGCUGACUCUGGCAUGAGGAGUGUUCCUUAUGUGAAUAGCCUUGUCUAUGUCUAGUCAUCCACUGUCACUGUGUGUCCUUUAAUUAGCGCUUUCUGGCCAUAAUGGGUAUAGGCAAGGCAGUCCUAUUAGCUUCUAUAGUAGAUCCAAACUAUGGUUAAUGGAACUUCUUGCCUUCAAGCCUGUAUGCUAGGCUCCUUGUGGAUUUACUGCAUUAAUUAUUGUGGUACCAAGUUUAUAUUUUGAUAUGAAUGGAACUAGUUACUGGGGUUUUGUGUUUGA